AUGCCCGUAUUAGAAAUGUCUUUCAGAUUCCGACGCUUGCUACAAAUUUCUCGGAUUUUGCCCAAGUUUUACCGAGGUAAUCCGUGUGGACUAUCAGGAGGAAGCAUAGAUUUUUUUGCUAGUUACUCCACUUCAUCGUGUAAUGUGAAGACGAGCAUCGGCACAAGGCCUGAAUUGGGAGGCUGUUUCGGUGAAAGGUAUUCCACAGUAUCAGAAACAAAGAAGAAGCUACGUCCGGAAGUUGAUCUCUUGUCCUUCGUUCGAUCUUCGCUAAAUAAGCCUCAAGGUGCUUCACACUGUUGGUUGAAUAAAACUGACGGCACCAAUAAUGAGUAUAAAGAAGAUGGGAUUUUCCUAAUUCUUGCUGGUGAAUACAAUGAAGACUCUUUAACGUCGCAGGAAGAUAUUGUGAUCACAUUUGAGAAAGUGAAAUCACUUCAACAGAGGCAUCCUUUCCUUCAAGUUCUGGCUUUUCAGCACAGCAGAUCAAUUUGCAUUAACGAUAUAUCUACACAUUUGCUCCAGAUGAUCAUCAAGGAGUAUAUUACUUUUCCUAUUUUGUUAUCUAACAAACAUAUCUUUAAGAUGGCAAAUGGACCUUGCUACAUCAUAUUUAAAGGUUUUAAGAAUCCAUUAGUCUAUUCUGAGAAAGAUACCGAUCUUAUGGUGCUUGACAAAGCCGUCAGUGACCUGAACAUGGAAGAUAAUGAGAAACCAACUGUAUCUGAUAUGAAAAGCUCUUGGAUAAAGCCGAUUGAAGUUUUUAAGGAACCAUAUCCGUGUUCUGCUUUGCGGAAUUUGCUUCUUUCCUUCCCAGAUUGCAUCUCUGUUGAGGAGAAUGGUGACCUGUUGUUCCUUUCUGAUGUCAAUCACCACCGGAUUAUCAUAUUUAAUAGCAAUGGAAAAAUUUUGGAUGUUAUUGGUUCUUCUCCAGGUUUUGAGGAUGGAGAGUUUGAAAGUGCCAAGUUAAAGCGCCCUGCAGCUUCUUUUUAUGAUGCUUCAGAAGAUUGUCUAUAUUUUGUGGACUCUGAGAACCAUGCCAUCAGGAAAGCUGACAUGGAAAGGAGAAUUGUGGAGACAGUUUAUCCACCAUCCGACGCUAAUAAGAAGAAUAAUGGCUUAUGGAGGUGGAUUCUGGAUAAGAUUUGGACGAAAAGCAAUGUAGAUUCAGAGUCUGAGUGCACUUCAGAGUCAUUUUUAUUUCCUUGGCAUCUUAUGAAGUCAUCAGAUAACAAUCUCUUUAUUCUCAAUCGCAGCUUUGGAACUCUAUGGGUCAUAGAUAUAGCAUCAGGGCUUAUGAGAGACGUUGUAAAAGAAUCUUCGAAGAUUUUAGAGAUCUGUGGGGAGAUGAUUUUAGAGAAAUCCAUUCCAUUGAAGCAGAUCCCUACGAAUUGGUUGCAGCAGCAACUGGAUGCUAAUUGUCCAUUCGAGGAAAUUCCAUAUGCUGGUCUCAUGUCUUCGGUGGCAACUUAUCAGGAUCAUAUAGUAGUUUGCAAUCCAGUUGGUCAGAUGGUCAACAAGUUCAGUAGGAAAUCUGGAUUGAUUUCAAGCUUCCAAUUCUCGAAUUUUGGAGUCCUUGGGCUUCCGUAUUGGCUUUCUUUCCCUCUGGAACGAGUCUCUGCCAUUGAUGGUAUGCUAUCAGGAAUACACACAGAUCACAUCGAAUGUUUUCGCUUGCUUCCAGGUACCAUUGACAUAGAAUUGAAUAUAGAUAUUCCUCAACACACCAAUCUAGUAGAACCACUAAAAGAAGGCUGUAUAUGGCGCCAAGCAAGAGGGGCAGCCACUGAAAUCUCGGUUGGUGCUGCUCAACAGUGGUAUGAUGAAAUUGAUAGCCUUAGCUUUUCGGUGCAAGAAAUAGAAACAAGCUCAGAAAAUGGAAGCACACAUCCUGUUGAAGGGCAAGAAGGGAAAGUGCGCAUUGGUUGCACUAUCAAUACGAGUCCUGGAACAAGCGAGGUAAUCAUUUACGCCGCACUUUAUUUAAGGCUAAAAAGGAAUCCAUCUUCAGAUGUCGAUAAUCAAGUGAAAAAAGCAACAAGGAUAGCUGACGUCUUGGAUCCCACAAGAAAGGUCCUGUUUGUGCUCCUUCCUCUCUCAGCUCGAGAUCGGGCUAGUCUUGGAACAAAUUUUGGUGGCAUCAGAUACCUCGACAUGACCAGAUCUGAUAAAAAUGUCAAGACUCGUCCGAUUCCACCCCGAAACAACGGGUAG